AUGCAGACGGGGGAGCUCCAGGCGUCUCCAAUCGGGAAAAGAAAGUAUGGGCGCCCAUUGCUACUACUUGUCGGUGCUGCCAUCGUCUUCGUUGCCCUCGCUCUGGGACUGGGCUUAGGCUUAGGACUUGGUUUGAAGCAUCACCAUCAUGCCGCAUCGUCGUCAACGUCAGGUCUACCUCCAUCAUCAAACCCCGCCAAUGUCUCAAGUACUACUGCCACCGGAGCCGUGCAAUCAUGGAGACGGGACACUGCCGAGUACAAUCUAGACAUGAACUGGGAUAUGAAUGCCGCCCCGACAACACGGGUCUUCAAUCUGACGGUCAGCGAAAUCCAAGCUGCUCCUGAUGGUGUGCUUCGGCCGGUACUGGUCUUCAAUGGGCAGUUUCCGGGCCCGGUCAUUGAAGUAAAUCGCGGGGACCGUGUACUGGUCAACGUGACCAACGAGUUGGCGAAUGUAACAACAGUGCAUUGGCAUGGCUUGUAUCAAAACGGUACGAACUGGAUGGAUGGAACCGCAGGCAUCACCCAAUGCGGGAUUCCACCUGGAACGAGCUUCUUGUACAAUUUCACAGUUGACCGUGAGUAUGGCACCUACUGGUAUCAUUCACAUGAGUCAACGCAGUACACCGAUGGUCUGGUUGGCCCAUUCAUUGUUCAUGCGCCGGAGGAAGCCUCCUUGCGGAAAGAUUACGAUUUUGAUCAAAUCAUCCUCCUCCAGGAUUGGUAUCACGACCUGAGCACCGCUUUGCUACCAGGUUAUCUUGCUUCCGGGAAUGAGAACGCUGAACCCGUUCCUGACAAUGGUCUAAUCCAGGGUACCAAUUUCUUCAACUGCUCUUCAUACGGGGCUGACAGUGGUUACAACUGUCAAAAUAACUCAACACAGGCGACCUUCGUAGUCGCUCAAAACAAAAGAUACCGUCUACGAAUGAUCAAUACAGGAGCUUUCGGUGAAUUCCAGGUCUCGGUCGACAAUCACACUCUAUCAGUGAUUGAAGCAGACGCAACCCUCGUCCAACCCGUGACCGUGAACCGCGUGCCCAUCGCUGUCGCCCAACGCUACUCCGUCAUUCUUCACACUAACCAAACCGCAACCAACUACUGGUUCAGGGCUCAGAUGAAUACCUAUUGUUUCACCUCAAACAAUGCUCCGGUCCUGGAUCCCGAUGUUCGUGCCCUCUUGACCUAUACAAACACCACGGACGAACCUACGCACUCAGCGGAUUGGGCCACAGCAUUAGAGCUCCAAUGCCAAGAUCUCUCCAGCUCCGAUCUGGUUCCGCUUGUCCCCGAAGCCGCUCCCUCCCCUGAUCAAACCUUCGUAGUCGAUGUCUCCUUCCAAAUUGGAGCCUACGCUCUCGACAAAGCGUAUAUCAAUUCCACGACCUGGGUUCCCUCAAAGAUCCCCACGGUCAACCAAGCUAUUUCCGGCCUGCACGCCGACAACAGCACAUUCAACGCGAACGGGCUUAGCAGCGCCUUCGGACCCUCCCAAUUCGUCAUCAGCGUCCCCGAAAUCCAAGUGAUCGACGUCCUCGUCAACAGCCUAGACGAAGGCGCUCAUCCCUUCCAUCUCCACGGGCACAAGUUCUGGAUCAUGGCGUCGGGCUCCUCGGGCGUCUUCGACUGGAGCACCUACCAAGAUCUCAACACCACGAACCCCAUGAAGAGGGAUACUAUGACAAUCGAUGCGUACGGAUGGGCGCUGAUCCGAUUCGUAGCCGAUAAUCCCGGUCUGUGGGCUUUCCAUUGCCAUAUCAGUUGGCAUAUGGAAGCCGGGCUGCUGAUGCAAUUCCAGACGCGCAACGACCUAAUGAAGGACUGGACGCUACCCAGUGACGUGGCGGCUUUAUGUAAUGGAUGA